GCCUCAGUUCUUUUCUUUUGUUCGUUGAUGAAUAAUUUCAUUAGAUUACUUUAUAAAGCUGACUUAUUCCUUGCGAUACGAUGCUCAAGAAUAGUAGUUCUCAAAUACUUAAACAGACAACUACUCGAUUGAAUACAAUUCAAAGACAUUUAUCUAGCUCCUCAAAUAUAAUGGCUCCAAUCAAUUCUACUAAACACUACGAUUACUUAGUUAUCGGAGGUGGUUCAGGUGGUGUUGCAUCUGCUCGUCGUGCAGCAUCUUAUGGUAAGAAGGUUUUAAUCAUUGAAGCUCAAUAUAAGAAAUUCGGUGGUACUUGUGUUAACGUUGGUUGUGUUCCUAAAAAAGUGAUGUGGUAUGCUGGAGAUCUUGCUCAUAAGAAACACCAUUUAAAAUCAUACGGAUUAUCAAGUACUGAAGAUGAAGUUAAAUAUGGUGAUUUCAAUUGGGGGUUAAUCCAAGAGAAAAGAGAUGCUUAUGUUGAAAGAUUGAAUGGAAUCUACGAAAGAAAUUUGGAACGUGAAGGAGUUGAAUAUUUGUAUGGUUUUGCCAAAUUUCAUAAUUCAAAUGCCGAUGUUGAAGUUACAUUAUCAGCUGAUCAAAAGGCUAGUUUUAUUGCAAAUGAUGAAGAAAAAAUUUAUAAUAAAGGGGAUAAAAUUGUUUUCUCUGCCGAUAAAGUUUUAAUUGCCACGGGUGGUCGCCCAAUUGUCCCACCUUCUGUUGAAGGUAGUGAAUUGGGUAUUACUUCAGAUGGUUUUUUCAAACUAGCCAAACAACCAGAAUCGGUUGCCGUUGUUGGUGCUGGUUAUAUUGGUGUUGAAUUGGCUGGGAUUUUUGCUAGUGUUGGUUCUAAAACUCAUUUGGUCAUUAGAGGUGAUACCGUUUUAAGAUCUUUUGAUGACGUUAUUCAAAAUUCUAUCACUGAUCAUUAUAGUGAUAAAUUGGGUGUAAAUGUAGUUAAACAAUCAGGCUCAGUUAAAAAAGUUGAAGAUAUCGGUAAUGGUAAGAAAAAAGUUUACUUAGGUAAUGGUGAUGUUUUAGAAGUUGAUCAAUUAAUUUGGACCGUUGGUAGAACUUCAUUACUUGAUAUUGGUUUAGAUCAAGUUGGGGUUGAAAUCGAUUCUAAAAACCAUAUCAUUGUUGAUGAAUAUCAACAAACUGCUAAUCCAAAAGUAUUCUCCUUAGGUGAUGUUAUUGGUAAGGUUGAAUUAACCCCAGUUGCAAUUGCUGCUGGUCGUAAAUUGUCCAAUAGAUUAUUUUCUGGUCAAGAUAUUUAUGCUCAAGAUAAAUUAGAUUACUCGAAUGUUCCUUCUGUUAUCUUUUCCCAUCCAGAGGCUGGUUCAAUUGGUUUAAGUACUCAAGAAGCUAAAGAAAAAUAUGGCGAAUCCCAAAUUAAAGUGUAUAACUCUAAAUUCAAUGCCAUGUACUAUGCAAUGAUGGACUCCGAUGAAUUGAAAUCUCCAACCAUUUAUAGAUUGGUAGUUGCCGGUCCUGAAGAAAAAGUGGUUGGUUUGCAUAUUGUUGGGGAUUCAAGUGCUGAAAUCUUACAAGGUUUUGGGGUAGCAAUUAAAAUGGGUGCUACUAAACAAGAUUUCGAUAAUUGUGUAGCUAUUCAUCCAACUUCUGCUGAAGAAUUGGUUACUUUACGUUAAUUAGACUAUUAUGUAUGCAAAUGAUAAUAUAUAUAUUGAUUUAGAC